AUGAGUGGAAGAAGAGACAACCGUCGUUCGAAUGGUCACGAUGAGAGAGAAGAUCGCAAACAACCUCGAGAUCUGCGAGGAGGAGGAGGUGACAAGCGCAGCAGUGGUUCUGCUCGUACUGGCGGAGGUGGCGGCGGGAGCCGUGGAGGAGCCGAACGUGGAAUUGCCCCAGCUCAACAACCGUAUGAGAGCAGUGGGGGUCAUAGAAGCGGUGGCGGAGGCGGUGGCGCCGGUGGUGGUGGAAGAGGUGGUGGAACCGCUUUCAACGGAGCUGCGUUCACCGAAUCGCAGUUGAUGGACGAGGUUCCAAAAAAGAAAUUCACUGGAAGAUGCCGUCUCUUCGUCGGCAACUUGCCAAAUGAAGUUAAAGAAACCGAGCUAAAGGAAUUGUUCUCUCCUCAUGGAGAUAUAGCUGAGUGUUAUCUCUCUGGAAAAGGAUUUGCGUUUUUGAGACUGGACACUCGUGCUCAUGCCGAAAGCGCCAAGGAGGCAAUCGACGGUCGUAUUAUCCAUGGCCGUCAAGUACGUGUCAGAUUCGCAGUUCACGGUGCGGCGAUAAGAGUGAAAGAACUCUCGCCAACUGUUUCCAAUGAGAUGCUCUAUCACGCAUUCUCUCACUUUGGAGAUGUUGAAAGGGCUGUUCAUAUUGUCGACGAAAAGGGACGACCAACCGGAGAAGGAAUCGUAGAAUUUGAAAGAAAACCAAAUUGUAACGAAGCAAUGGCAGCUAUUCGUGAAAAAGUCUUUCUUUUAACUGCGAGUCCAAAACCGCUCAUAUGUGAAGUGUUGGAGCCGAGAGACGAGGACGAUGGACUGGCUGAGAGAAUGAUCCCACGUACACCGGGUCUCUCAAAGGAACGUGAGCUCGGACCUCGUUUUCCAACUCAAAACAGCUUCGAAUAUGUAUAUGGAAUGAAGUGGAAGGAGUUAUAUGAUGUGGAGAAGAAACGACGUGCGGCACUUGACGAAGAGCUCCGUGAAUCUCGUCGUCGAUUGGAAUCUGAUAUGGAACUCGCUUAUCAAGACUAUCAAGCUCAGAUGCUUAGAGAAGAUCUCCAGCGUCGUCAACAAGAGUUAGAACGACUUGAAGCUGCUCGACGUGAACGAAUGCGAGGACUUGGUGGACCACCAGGAGGUAUGCCUGGAGGUAUGCCAGGUGGAAUGCCAGGAGGAAUGCCACCACAAGUUCAGCCAUUCCAUCCACAAGGAGGAUUUAUGUCUGGUGGACCUGGAGGACCGCCAGGAGGACCAGGCGGACCACCACCAUUCCAACAACAAUUCCAGCAACCCCAACAAGGAAUGUUCAACGUACCAACAGGAGUUCCACCACCAUUGAUGGGCGGUGGCGGUGAUAUGAGAGGACCUCCAGGAGGAGGACACGGUGGACCGCCACAAGGAGGACCUGGAGGACCGCGUGGAAUGCUUCAAGGCCCACAUGGGACGAGUAACAUGAUUGAAGGUGUUCAACGAUUGCUUCAGAUUUUCAAGAGUGACAACGGACCGCCCGGAGGAAUGUCUGGAGGACGUGACUUCCCACAACAAGGACCUGGAGGAAUGUUUGGAGGUGGACCAUACGGAGAUGGAGGAUAUCCGCCAGAGAAGAAGCAACGUCGGUAG